CUUUUUUUUAUUUAGCUGUCAAAAAUUCUGAGGUUUGCUGAAAAUCGAAAUUGUGUCUUGCUUUGAUCGGAUCUCCUACGUUUUUGUUAAACAUCUACGGAGGAAGGAAAAUGCUGCCCGUUCGUUCUAUUGCAAACUUAUCCAUCCGCAACGCGGCAUUUCUGUCCCGUGGAUACCAUGGCCCCAACAACUUCCGUGUGUACACCAUGAACGACAUGCCUGUCCCGGAAGGGGACUUCUUCGAAGAACAUCGACGCAAGAAUCGGGUGUACAAUACCGUGCUCGCUGCGGGUAUUGUUAUCUUUGGCAUCACAUUGACUGUGGCCAAGGAGAGCGGAUUGAUCUACCUUAAUUACAGCCCGCCGAAAAGCCUGGACUAAGUGGGGAUCAGGAUGGCGACGUGUUGUAAACAACAUAUUAGAUGUUUCGUGAAAAUAAAUCAGUCUAAAUGAAAAUA